AUGACCUAGAAAAUGAAAAAUGGGCAUAAUACAGAUUUCUUAAUACCAAGAUAAGUGCUUGAAUAUAAUUUAUAAAUAAAUAAUUUAAGGUAGUAUAUUCCUAUUAUAAUUUUGCAACUUAAACACCUUUUGUACAAUUAAUGUAGGAUGCAUUAAUUUUAGCUAAAUAUCAAGAAUAAGAUGUUUUAAUGGGUUAGAUGUAAUGGACCAUUAAAAAAUUUUAAAGUAUAUUUAAUACAAUUAGAAAUUAGAAAGCAACAUGA